AUGGACGUCCAACUUUUGGUCUACGACCUGUCCCAGGGCCUCGCGCGCCAGAUGUCCAUGAGCUUCUUGGGCUUCCAGCUCGACGCCAUCUACCACACGUCCAUCGAGCUCAACGGCCGCGAAUACGUCUACGACGGCGGCAUCCUCGCCAUUCAGCCCUACUCAUCGCAUCUCGGCCACCCGUUUGAAAAGGUGCCACUCGGCACCACGACACGCACCGUGGCCGCCAUCGAGGCACACCUUGACACGCUGCGGCCGCGCUUCACAGCCGCUGCCUAUGACCUGUUCCGGCACAACUGCAACACGUUCACCGACGAGUUUGCGCAUUUUCUUGUCGGCCACGGCAUCCCGGCGCACAUUACAGGGAUGCCGGACGCCGUACUGGCGACGCCCAUGGGCCGGAUGCUGCUGCCGCAGCUGAUGCAGAGCGGCGUGACAAGGGGACGUGGGAACGGUGGUGGCGGCGGCGGCGGAUCGCUUCUCGGCCUCCAAGAGACAGCACAACCGGCGGCACCGGUACCAGCAUCAGCAGCUCCACGUUCCACGGCUCCAACACACCGACACCACCGCUUGACGCUGCCCUCGUUUGCCAAUGUCGAUGCCGCACGGCCUGUCCUCUUCUCCAAAGUGCCGCCGCUCGACAAGCUGCUCAGUAAGCUCGGCGAUGAGGUGGCACAGCAGCCCGCCGUGCGCGAUCUACGCAUCUUUCUCGAGGGCAAGGCGGCGGCCAACACCAAGUCGGUGAGCACGCCGGACCUGGCAGCGCUCGGCCGCUUUGUGCGUGAGUCCGUCCCGGCCCUGCCGCGGACCACCCUCUUUGCCGCUGUCGAUCUUUUCCGAUGCAGCCUCGCCGACCCGCGAGUGAGCGCCUUUUUCGGCGACGACGAGGCCGACCACGGCACGGUGAAGAGCGUUGUGAGCGUUGUCAACAGCGAGGAUGCUCCCUAUGCUCUGCGUCUAGUAACAUUGCAAAUGGUCUGCAACCUGUUCGGCGCACCUCCCGCGGCGGCCAACUCGCUGCUGGCCGACGCUGCCUUGCGUGCCGCCCUCGUCCAGCUCGUCGCUGCCAGCUUCUUGGAUGACGCGCACGCCAGCGCCCGGUCCGCGGCGUCGUCCCUUCUAUUCAACAUGGCCAUCACGUCGAGGCGGUCGCAGUCACAGUCACAAUCAAAGUCGCCAGGCCUGGCUGUCGACGACCAAGUCGAACUCGCCGCGUCCGUUGUCGAGGCCAUCGGCCAGGAAGAGGCGUCUGCCGGCGCCCUGCAAGGCAUGCUGGCCGCGCUGGGCCACCUGGUCUACGGUGCGCCGCUGGACGGCGAGCUUGCGGACCUGCUGCGGGUGCUGGACGCGGCAGGUGUCGUGGCCGCCAAGGCCAAGGCGUUUCCAGACGAGCCGCUGGUGGCCGAAGUUGGCACAGAACUGCUCGGCAAGGGUUUUGUGAUGGCAUGA